CCACCAUCUCCUCGCCCGUCCCUCGCUCGCCUUUUUUCCUCGACUUCGCUGUCGGCGACAACUCCUCAGUCACCUGGCCCCGAUUCGGAACCGCCCAUAUCCUGACCCGACAUUCUGACGGAGCCACGAGCGUGGUAUGCUAAAGUGAGCUUCUCUACUCGGCCCGCGACUCUGCCCUUGCGCCUAGCCCUCUAGCUUGCCUCUCUGUCUACGCUAGUCCUGUCGCCGGUUGCGUGGGCUUCGACACGUCGGCUCUCUCUGCUGUCGAGACAGGAUCCGGCAAAUCCGCCAGCAGAUUCUACCCAACGCUUCUGCGCCGCCUCUUCUCCCCUCUCCAACUAGGAAAAGGAAAAAAAAAAUGCGAUAACCAACCUCGCGAUCCUUAUUAUCCUGCGCGAUCGUCGUGUCUACAAUACCCGUGCAGCACAGUACCGUCGGAAAGCCGCCUGGGAGUGGUGGGCGACGUUUGCGGCGCAGCGGUUAACGAGUCGAGCGCCACGAGUUUGCGAAUUUCGAGGCAAUCGCCGAUCGCUCCUACGUCUGCUUCCACCAACCUCGUCCGGCGAACCGCUGCCGCCGCCGCCAAUCAUGGCUAUGAUGGACCCGAACGGUUGGAACGGGCAAGACCAGUCUCUGUCUUCGGCCAACGAGGAUGACUUCCAGCAGUUUCUCGAGAUGGGGGGCAUGUCGAAUUUGGGGGAUGGUAUGCAAUUCGACUUCGACAGCUUCAAUGGCCCUAGUGGCGCGCCGAUGAUGCACCAACCUCACGACGACUCCAUCGACACCCCGAUGACCAAUUCAACCGUGUCCACGAUCAUCGCGAGGAGCGACAUGGGGCAGCAGAGCCAGCUCUCCCCGAUGACGUCUGCCCCGAACCACGCGGGCAUAUCGGCGCAGAUGAUGGCUCCGCAUCCUACCUCAUCCGACCCCAUUUCCGAGAUAGACGCUCAGAUCCAGUACCUGCAGCAGCAGAGGAUACAUCAACAAAGGAGGCAGUUUGCCGAGCAGCAGAGGCAGUAUCAUGAGCAGCAGGCCGCUUUCUUCGCCCAGCAACAGCAGCGAAAUAUCGUACCGCCGACACCGCAGAGCCUGGAGAUGCAGGCGGCGAAUCGAUUUUAUAGCCAGCCGGACCAGACAAAUUCUUCGGGCAUGUUCGACGGAUAUCAACAUCUCAAGGAGCAACAAGAGAUGGCAUUCACCCCGCUAGUAUCGCCCGCGGUGACGCCCCUCGAGCCUCAUUUCCCGGUGGAUGCCGGCUUCUCCCACCCGGGGCCGUACUUCAGUCCGUUGACCUCGCCCGCACUACAUGCCCAGAAUGAGCCCGCGGGGGCAUUCGACCACAGGCACUCAGGCCAUACCACUAAUUCCCCGGUGGAGAUGGACAUCGAGCCCUCCCCGGCCGUAAAUAACGGCGGGAAUUUAUCGAAGAAGCCGCGAAAGAGCAACGCUAGUAAGACGAGAAAACCAAACGUGCGGCAAUCUCCCAUCACGAAGCCCCAACGGCGGAAACCCGCCUCGACCCCGGUAAUCAACGCGCAGGUGUUGAGCGAACUAGCCGAAUCGGCAGCUGAGAAUUCCGAAGACCCACCCAAGCCCAAGUCGAGUUCGGCGGCGUCGACAGAGGAGUCGGAAAACGCCUCGGUGUCUCCGGAGGCACUAUCCGAUAUGCCGCCUCCUCCGCUCCCACCCCCCCGCUCGGCUAGGCAAUCCCCGUACAUCCAGGCGCAGACCAACGGAAGCGCACCCCCUUUAGCAUUGCCGGGCUCUCUCGCCGGCAAACCGUCGCCCGCGACGCCGGCCUCCCUCUUCAGAAUUUCGCCGAAGAGCAAGUCGGCUGAUCCUAACCACCCCGAGCAAAGUGGCUCGGAACACAUAGAAAGCUUCGAGCUCCCCGAGUCCGUCAACUUCUCGAAGCAAAAUAAUCCCACGGUAGACGUUCAGAAACCGCCGCAGCCGGCUCCGGAGGCGGAGCCGGUAAAGACUUCUACCUUCCAACCCCUGCCGUCUCCCGUUCUCCCUAAGCCGACGCCUUCGACCUCGGUAUCGGCAAACCCCAGUCCGCAAUUAACACCGAGAUCGACACCUAACCCUCGGAAGACGCCGCUAAUAGCACCGAGGGGCCCCAAGAAGAGAGGGAGCAUCAGUUCUAUCUCACCGGCUCUUCGGCCCAAAAUAUCACCGAAUAUCAAGCCGCUGCUUCCGGGGACGCCGGGCAUGUCAGCCGAAGACUCAGCCUCGAGACUGCUAGCCUCCAAGUCGAAUUACCAAAACAUAUUGGAAGGGAACACGGUACCGGGGGUUUCCUACCCCAGCGAGCUAUCUACGAACCUAACCUCGAAGCGGACUUCGCACAAGAUUGCCGAACAAGGCCGCCGAAACCGCAUCAACUCGGCGCUACAGGAGAUUGCGACGCUGCUGCCCAAGAGCGUGGCCAAGGAGCUGAGCGAAGGGGACGGCGAGGGCGGGAACGGGGACAAGAAAGACGGCAAGCCAUCCAACACGCCGAAUAGCAAGGCCAGCACCGUGGAGCUGGCCAUCGUCUACAUCAAGCAGCUGCAACAAGAAAUAGCAGAGGCAAAUAGGAGGGCGGACGAGGCGGAGAAGAAACUGGAGGCGAAAGCGACGGCAGGUUGAGCCGGCCCGACACGUUGCCAGUUGUUGAGGAGUCCAGCGAGAGCGUGUGCGCGUGUGGGUGUUAGGGUUUCCUUACACGGACCUGUGGACGACACACUAGUAUUUUCCUCUUUUCGCUGCUGCCACGGCAGAGACAGACCGACUCAGAGGCGGAGAACAGGCUAUCAAGGCGACAAAAGAGGUAUGGGGAGGGAAACGUAAUAGGAACCUGCCUAGAUAGGAGGGGGUACGUUGUCUGACAGCCUACGACUUGAAAGGGUACCGAGAUGGGGAGGAGGGAAGCGAGCUAUUGAUAUUAUAUCUUACGAGACGCUAUCUAUAUAUAUAUCUACCUAUUUUGGUAUGGGGUGUAUAUAGGUAUAUGAGUUCUACAUCUGACGGGUUGUCAACUUUGUAUACUACCCCUAUUAAUCUGCUAUAUAUAUAUAUAACCAUCGAGCCUGCUAGCAUGGGGAUACGUAGGGAAAAUGGCCCUCAAGUCCGGCGUUACCUUUCGAACCGGUUAGGUGUUGUUUCGGGAUUGCUCGCGAUGAAGGGAAAAAAAAU